AUGGAAAGUUUAUGAUCAGAAUGAUCUAAAAGCUAAAUUCUAUCCUCUGUUCCAGAUCUAAAAGUACAGGAGUUUAGAAGCUGAGGACUAAAAGCUCAUGGACUGAUACAGCUCUGCUCACAGCAGUGAUUCAGGAUGGCGAAUGCUGAAGAUGUGUUGCUAGAGGCUCUACAGGACUUGGAGAGUAAGGAACUAAAAUCAUUCACUCGACACCUGACCAAUGGUGUGGAAGGGUUUGACCGGAUUCGUAGGGGUCUGUUGGAGAACGCAGGAAGAGAAGAGAUUGUGGAUAAGAUGGUGGAGAGAUAUAAAAUCAGUGGAGCUGUAAAGAUCACACUGACCAUCCUGAAGAAGAUACACAAGAACCGUCUGGCUGAGGAACUGGAUGCUAAACUCAGUAGAGGUAUGAUUAAAAGCACUUUCUCUUCUCUGUCAAAAGAUGAACAACACUGCAUCAAGUUGAAGGACACUCUGAAAUUGAACUAUGAGCGUGUAAUUGAGAGCUCACAGACAGGUCGUCAGCGGUUCCUGGAAGAUAUCUACACUGAUCUCGUUAUAGUGCAGAAUAAAAGUGGAGGAGUCAUUAAUGAGCAUGAAGUGAUGCAAAUAGAGAUGUCUCCCAAUAAAGCUGGCAGUGAGGAAGAGUGUAUAAAAUGCUGUGAUAUUUUUAAAGUCCAGCCGGGUACAGGUAGACGGAACAGAAAAGUGAUGACAAUGGGAAUUGCAGGAGUCGGGAAAACUGUGUCAGUCAACAAAUUCAUACUGGACUGGGCAGAAGGAAAGGAGAACCAGGACAUUCAGUACAUUUUCCCUCUACCCUUCCGUGAACUAAAUCUGAAGAAAGAGAAGGAGUUCAGUUUGAUUGGACUACUGAAUAACUGCUUUUUCUCCUCAAAGCCUGCACUGAAGUCUCUUCCAGAAGAAGAUGGUAAAGUGCUGUUUAUUUUUGAUGGGCUGGAUGAGUAUCGUUACCCACUGGAGUUUAAAGAUGGAGAGGAAGUAAAAGAUGUGAAUGAGAAGAGUACAGUGGGCUCACUGAUCACAAAUCUCAUCAACAGAAAUUUGCUUUCCUUUUCUCUAGUCUGGGUAACUUGUCGACCAGCAGCAGCGCAUCUGAUUCCCCAGAAAUACAUCAAUCUGGUGACAGAAGUACGAGGAUUUAAUGAUGAACAGAAGAAGGAGUACUUCACCAAAUACUGCAAAACAGAGGAUGUAGCAGAGAAAAUAAGUUCACACAUAAAGAAGUUAAAGAGUCUCCACAUCAUGUGUCAAAUCCCAGUCUUCUGCUGGAUCUCUGCCACUGUGCUUCAGCCACUGAUGGAUAAAGAGAGUGAGAAGAACAUCCCCACAACCCUGACAGAAAUGUACAUGAGCUUCCUACUGCAGCAGAAAAACCUGAUGAAGGAGAAAUACAGUCAGAAGACUGACCCUGAGCGCAUCAUUCUGAAGCUCGGUGAACUGGCCUUGAGUAAUCUUGAGAGUGGAGAGCUGAACUUCUAUGAGGAUAAUCUUAAGGAAUGUGGGAUUGAUGUUACUGAUGGUACAGUGUUCUCAGGAAUGUGUACACAGAUUUUCAGCCAGCAGAAGGGAAUUUCUGAGAGGAACAUUUUCAGCUUUGUGCAUCUGAGUGUUCAGGAAAGCCUUGCGGCUGUAUAUGUGCAUCACUCCCACUGCAAUAAGAAGAAGAAUGUUUUCAAAAAGAAAGUUCUCAACAAACUUUUGUGGAUUAAUAAGAAGAUAACAGAUCUCCAUAAGAGUGCAGUGGACAGAGCUUUGCAGAGUGAAAAUGGACACCUGGACCUUUUCCUCCGCUUCCUCCUCGGCCUCUCUGUGGAGGACAGUCAGGAGGUCCUGACCGAACUUCUGCCAAACCUGAAGAUUAAAGCAGAGAGCGUUAGCAACACAGCUAUCUACAUUAAGGAGAAACUAAAAGAGGAAAUGCACUCUGAAAGAAGCCUGAAUCUCCUCCACUGUCUGAGUGAACUGAAGGACAACUCACUCACAGCUGAAAUCCAGAACUUCCUGAACUCAGGAACUCUCUCAAAACAGGAACUAUCAUCCCCACAGUGGUCAGCUCUGAUCUUUGUGCUGAUGAUGUCAGAGGAAACUCAGAAGAAGUUUGAACUGAAGAAAUACAGUGCGUCAGAAGAAGGACUGAGGAGAUUACUGCCUGUGGUGAAAAACACGCAGCGAGCUCUGUAA